CCUACACAAAGUCACUCACACUUUACCCUUUCUGAAACUUCUACAGCUAACUUCUCUGAGCAAGUAGUUGAAAGCUUUCCAUCUGAUAUCUCUACUGGUAUAUACUAUGGAUGGGCCUGUGUUGGAAAUGGAGAUGUGCAUAAAAUGGUUUUGAGCAUAGGAUGGAAUCCUUUCUAUAAGAAUAUUAAGAAAUCAGUGGAAACGCACAUUAUCCACACCUUCAAAGAAGACUUUUAUGGAGAAAUUCUUAGUAUAGUCAUAAUUGGAUAUAUUCGACCAGAAAAAAACUUUGAUUCCUUAGAGGCACUCAUUUCAGCAAUUCAGGAAGACAUUGAAGAAGCAAAAAGACAGCUAGAUUUACCAGAACAUCUUAAACUCAAAGAAGAUAACUUCUUUCAUCUGCCAGAAGGCAAAAUAGUAAACAACCACUGAGCAAAUCCCUGCUGCUUUUUUCUUUUUUUUUUCUCCUGCCCUGUUAAUGGAGCUUUUGUAUUUGCACUGCUUUUAUAGGUACUUUGUUGUCAUAUGUCUGUCUCUUUAGGUGACUGAGGUUGGAACCAACCAUACAAGAUUAUUUCAGCUUCCUUGUGUUAAUUCUCCAUUAGCCAGUCAUACAAAAGGCGUAGAAGGCUGGUUUAGGUCCUUGCAGCUAAAUUGCGUUACUGGUUUUUCAGAGAUCUGAGCACAAGUGCACAUCACCAAAGUUAAUCGUGACCUCUUCUGAGCCUAAGGUGUGCAUAGCUCACUUAAGUCAAGAAUGUCUGUUUUUAACUUACAGAAUGUUAUUCCAACCUCUUCCCAGUUUUAUGUCAUUCUUGCAUCUGGAUUUUAGCAAGUGGCUUACAAAAUUUUGCUACUGAUUGAGUCAGAAAUUUCCUGUGGUGCAGGAAGCCAAUCAUUAGAUAGCAAUAGCAAGAUUAAUUCCCUAUAGUUCUUAUUUUUAUAUGCUACUCAGCUGUCAUGGUUGAAGCUGUUAUUUUAAUUGAGAUUAUUUAUUUUAAGUUUAUUUGAAGUGGAGGAAACACUGUUGCUCACUGAGUUACUGGAAUCCAGGAUGUACUUCUUCAUAGUUGACUGUGCGUAUGACAACAUGUGACCUGUGUAGUUUACUUCUGAGGAAGUGUUUCAUUGAAAUUCAGGAAAUGAAUGACAGUGUGAAAGUUGAUAGACUUUAAAGGUUCAGGCACAAAAGAUCCAGAGUCAUUAAAACAAGACUUCUGCUCAUUGGGCCUUAAGGCAAAAGAGGUGAUGAAUGGCAAUUUUGUAUUUUGUGUGCUGAUGGCAUUUGUUCUGGGAAAAUGGGGAGAACCUUGGGGAUAUUCACUGCACUGACAAUAAAGUUGCUGACUCCAAGAUUGACAUUGUAAGGCACAGAAAGAUCUCAUCAGCUCUGCACCAAGUGCAGGUAGGAGCCAAGGUUUUUGGCUGAUCAAGUAGACCAAUACGUAAAUUAAAGUCUUUGGGGAUUCAUGGAAUAAUAUAUCAACACUAUAGUGGGUAUUGGUUAUUUAUUACAAGUAAUUGCAGCCAUUCCUACUCUGAAAUGUAGGAAUAGGUAAAUGCAGGGUGUAUUGUCAAAGUAGACAAAAUACAGAGUAUACUUCUUAAAGUAUGUAAUAUGUGAUUCCAACUUUUUUUUUUUUUCUGAUGAAUUUUUCUAUCCCCUACUCAGUGAGUGGAACUAGUUAAGCUGCAGUGACUUUGUCAUGUUCAUAAUUUUUGACGUCAGCUUGUGAUGUGGCUGGAACAUUUUCUGAAACUGAAAAUGGUUCUGCAGAUAUGUCUCAACUGUAAUUCUGUGUCUGAACUACCAUGUACAAUUUGGAAUGCACAAUUUCUGUAGUGCAAUUGUAUGAAUUUACUCCUUGUCCUAUCCUAUUCAAAUCCUACUUUUCAGUCUAGGGUUUAAGAGAGUUUUAACAAGGUAGCUGUUUGGGUGUUUGUGGCAGGUACUGUCAGGAUGGUAGUUCUGCUUCAUAUUGUUUUAAGUUUCAGCCAGUGUCAUGGGAUAUUAUUAAGGAAGAGGUCUUGAGCAAAUCAAGGACUCGUGUUUGCUCUGUAGGUCUUCAGGAUAAACUUCAUUUCAUUUAAGUGAAUUGUUCACCAGUGCUGUGGAUAGCAGAGACAGGUGGUAUACAGAAUUGGGGGGAGGAGGAGGGACAGUUAUCACCAGUUAGAUACACUUUCUUUUAAAGGAGAACAAAAUAAUUUAGUGGACUUUUACUAUAUAACAUGUUGGAAACUGUAUUUCUAAAAAGUCUGUAAAAGAAUUAUCUUGAGAGAGUGACAGUUGGAUUUUAUUUUUUUUACAUUUUAAACUGGAGGGAUGAAGGGAGAAUUUUUUUUUUUGCAAAGAUUUGAGGCAUUCUUGACAUUGUAAUACUACUUUUUUUUUUUUAAGAAUAACCAAAAGCCACACUAGUCAACUGAAUAUAUUGUCAAGAUUAUAUUUAAAGAAUAGGUUGUUGUUCAUCAAGGUACUGUAGCUAAACACUCAUAGCCUUCUUUAAAAUUGUUUGGGGAUUUUUUUUGCCUGUAGUUUCAUCUGUCUGUAGAAACCAUUGUGCCUUAAGCCGGUUGUCUGAAUAAUGCUUUUCUGUAUCUGCUAGUAAAUGUUGCUAUUGAAAAUUCAAUUCACUGUUUGGUUGUAGAACCACUCUGUUAUCAGUAGAGAACAGUGGCAAAAGGAAAACUUGAAAAACUGUUAGUUUGCUCUCAAAUCUUAGCUGAGGUGUGA